AUGGCUCGUGCUCCCAAGAGCCUGGCCCACAUCUCUCUUUUCUUCGAGUAUCUUGGUUAUGAAGUGCUUGAGAAGUCAGACACCAGAUAUAAGCUUCUGAUAGUCAGCACUGACUGCCUUGAGACUUGUGAUUUAAGUGAAGGCGAAAGAAUGGAGUUAGAAAGGAAACUGAUAGAAUACAGGAAGUCGGAUGCAUGCCUAAUGAAAUUGAAAUACAUGAAGCUGAAAAACUACUUGCAAGAAGUACAUGAGCGCCAGAAAGAAGCUAAUCUGCGGAACCAGACCCUGCUGAGGGAGUUUGACCAGUUUGAGGCUCAAAUGAAAACUUCAAGCUCGGAGAUGGCUCGGAAGAUGGAAGCAUGGUACAGAAGAGAAAUUAAACGCGUGUUAUCACUUGGAGAGGAUGACUUGGCAGCAGAAGGUGACGAGGAAGGGGACCGCACGGAGCAGAUGCUGUGGGCAGGAAUCAGCACCAAGACAGCCAUGCCAAGACAACUGCAUCAUCCAGCAACAGGCUUGAUGAGCCACCACACAUCAGCCAUCUCAGAUGACGGGGAUUUGGGCAUCCAGCAGAACCCCCUCCAGUCCACAGAGAGCUGCUCAGUGCCUGACCCACCUUCGUGCCUUCCAUCACUUGAAGGACUUGGUCUGGAGAGCAGCAGCAUUGAUUUAGAGAGAGAUGCACCAGUGGAGGGAGCAGCGAGACCUGGGGACGUGGCUGCCAGUGAGGAAGGCUCCGAGGAGCUCAUCUCCUCAGCUUCUGGUAGUAAACCAGGUACUCCUGAGGAGGAACAGCCACAGGGAAGCGUCCCAGGACCAAAGCCGUGCCUGGGUAACGGGUGGACUCCCAAGGAGGUGAGCUGGGACAUCAGCCCUGUGCUCCCAGUCCCUGCCAGCACCGAGGAGGUGAUGCCGAGCGUGCCGCAGGGAUCGGCCUCGCCAGCGGCAGGCUGGGAGCUGGGCAGCGAUGCCCACGCUGAGGAAGACUCCCCAGCACACACACCAAACCCUCCCGUGGAGCAGGAGGAGCUGCCCUCGGUCAGCUCAGCGCCAGGCGGCUCCCAUGGGAUGCUGGCAGCCCUCUCCCGUGCACUGGAGCUCAUAGAAGACAUGGUGAGGACGAGCCCCCGGCGCCAGGCACUGUAUCAGGGCAAGCACGUGGUGACACUGGAGCUGCUCAGCUUUUGUAACGGGGCCGUCAGGCUGAAAGACGGCGACCUUGAAGCAUGCGAAGCUGUCGUCCUUCAUCAGCUUCGGGCUUCCUUACAGAGCACGCUGAAUGGCUGCCUCCUACCUGAGAACACGCUCCGUGCUCAAGGCAGAGCGGAGGAUGAAGAGCAAAGCAGGCCGGAGCAGCGGUGGGACAUGGACAUGCUGCGGGCUUGCCUGAGCAACCAUGCCCUCUUCCUGAGAAGGCACCAGGUUCAGCUCCCGGAAGACGUGUCGGAGAUGUUCGAAAGCCUGUUGGCACAAGACAGCCAGGCUCUGCCGGGGUGGAGAGAGGCCCUUCCAGAAGAGAGUGGGGACAGGUCAUCUACUCAGAGUAAUGAAUCCUCAUGCAGCUUGUCAUGCACCCCAAACGAUGGCGGGGAAACAGAGGAGGCAGAACACGCUCCCGGGCUCGCCGGCACGGGAGGACAAGGAGUCGCAAGCUGGUGUGAAGAUGAGAGCAAGGAGAAAAGUGCAGUCGAAAAGAUUCCUAUUACAGGUUGGGAUGUUGGUUAUAACGGUUCCAAAGCAAGAGAAAGCCAAGAAACACAGUCGGAAACUAGUCCCUCGUCGAGCCAAAGUCUUCCCUUGUCAAGGGCUGAAACCAGGAAGGGAACAGUAGCUGCUAUAAAAUCCAAAGCUUUCUGGGGCGAAUCUGACGAGAGCAGCUCUGAGCUCGAGGCUGCUCUGCGCCCCCAAGGCCACAGCACAGGGGCAGAUGAAUUUGAUGACUUCUAUGAUUAA